GAAGGCUGUCACUCUGGCACAUGCGAAGGCUAAAGAAAGUGAGAGCAUCAUUGCUGCGCGGGAAGUCAGAGGUCUUGCCGAUGUCAUAGUUUCAGAGAAAAGGACCAGCAAUGUUGUGGAGCGUAUCUACGAGAACAAAAAGUUGUGUUAUGAAGAAUAUGUGGCCCAGUUCAGGCAUGAACUAGCAUGCAUCGGGAAGGAAAUUGAAGAAUAUUAUGUGAAACCUGGGAAAUUAUUGUUGACCCAGUUACAGGAAUCCGACCAGAGUUUUGAAUCUUAUUUUCGUGCCUCUGAAAGUGAUAUCACUUUAAUCUCCUACGCCAUAGAGGACUUUGAGAAAAUGUGGGUCCUUCUCUUCCAAGAGAGCCAGCAAAGAAGGCAGUGGAUUCGAGAACUGGAUGAAGCUUUAUGCCAGGCCGAGGUGACCCGAGCGGAACGGAUCACAGUCGUAUUGAGCAAAUACACCAAGAUGCUGGAGGAUAUUUCUUACGUCUUAUCCUCGGAUGUCCACAGAUUCAUACACAAGGAAGCCAUGAGAGUUUAUGGAAAGUGAAAGAAUACAGAACCCAAUUUCUGUGCAAAUGGAACUGGAGUCCAUGCUAGAAGAUCAGAGAAUUCUGGCCCAAAGAAGGAACGAGCAUUUAUUCUCCCUGGGCUCUUUGUUGCCUUUGGAGCAUACCAAGGCUGAAAUCAACGCAUGGUACGAGUCGCUGGUGGAUUUAAAUAAACAGAUAGACACUCACAACGUCCAGUCCAUGAUGAGAAUUCGCCUCAACUAUGAGAAGGUUUGCCAGGAGUGUUUGGAAAAACUCCAGGAAUGCAAGCAAAAACUGAUAGACUUGAAGAUUUGUACCCACAAAGAGGCCGAGAAGAUUGUAAACCCCAAUUUCUAUCAGUUAAUCGGGAUGCUGCAGGUUCAAUUUGAAGCCAAGAUAGAAAAGAUGGAC